AUGCUUAACUUCGCCCAACGCGACGCCGCCGGCCCGCCCAAAAGUGAGGUUUCACACAGACCCGCACCCGCGGCCGCACACGCGACGCCGGCUUCCUCCGGACACACACGUGUCCCCAGGGCCACAGCCCGGGACCGGCCCCGGGAUUCCCUGCCUCUUCCACCUGAGAAAACUCUUAAGUGCCACCUUCCUUCUAAAGUGAUCUCGCUCGACGGCGGGGAGCUCCAGCGGGAUCGCGCCUGGUCCGCCCCACGGGUUCCCCCUCGCCCGCGCUCGCACUUGGUAGCGCCCGCCUCGUCAGCAGCGCCUCUCGCCGGUCUCGCCCCAGCUCGCGCCAGCCCGCGGCGGAUUGAGUCGCGUUGCCGCGUCUGCUCCGGCACCUCGCUGCGGACGCGCCCGCCGGCGGCCACUCGCCUGUCCCUCCCGAGCCUCCGCGCCUCCGCUCCUCUUCCGACGCGCGAAGCGGCCGCGGCGGUGCUGCCCGGCAUGUAUCAGAGCCCGCGGCGGCUUGCAUUCCAUGGGAACCGGUACGAGCAGACUCUACAGCGCUCUUGCCAAGACCCUGAACAGCAGCGCCGCCUCUCAGCACCCAGAGUACUUGGUGUCUCCUGACCCAGAACAUCUGGAGCCCAUUGAUCCUAAAGAGCUUCUCGAGGAAUGCAGGGCGGUCCUGCACACUCGGCCUCCGCGCUUCCAGAGGGACUUUGUGGAUCUCAGGGCAGAUCGCCCCAGCAGCCACCCAUCCAUUCGGGUCAUGCAGUGGAACAUCCUUGCCCAAGCGCUUGGAGAAGGCAAAGACAACUUCGUGCAAUGCCCCAUUGAAGCACUCAAGUGGGAAGAACGGAAAUGCCUCAUCCUAGAAGAAAUCCUGGCCUACCAGCCCGACAUCCUGUGCCUACAGGAGGUGGACCACUACUUCGACACCUUCCAGCCGCUGCUCAGUAGACUGGGCUACCAAGGCACGUUCUUCCCCAAACCCUGGUCACCGUGUCUAGAUGUUGAACAUAACAACGGGCCGGAUGGCUGUGCCUUGUUUUUCCUCCAAAACCGAUUCAAGCUGGUCAACAGUGCCAAUAUUCGGCUGACGGCCAUGACGCUGAAGACCAACCAGGUGGCCAUUGCCCAGACCCUAGAGUGCAAGGAAUCCGGGCGACAGUUCUGCAUCGCCGUCACCCACUUGAAAGCGCGCACUGGCUGGGAGCAGUUUCGAUCCGCCCAGGGCUGUGACCUUCUCCAGAACCUGCAGAACAUCACACAGGGAGCCAAGAUUCCCUUGAUCGUCUGUGGGGACUUCAACGCAGAGCCCACUGAAGAGGUCUACAAACACUUCGCCUCCUCCAGCCUCAAUCUGAACAGCGCCUAUAAGCUGCUGAGUGCCGAUGGGCAGUCCGAGCCGCCCUACACCACCUGGAAGAUCCGGACCUCAGGGGAGUGCAGGCACACCCUGGACUAUAUAUGGUACUCCCAGCAUGCGCUCAGCGUGAGGUCGGCGCUCGACUUGCUCACCGAGGAACAAAUUGGACCCAAUCGUCUCCCGUCCUUCAAUUACCCUUCAGAUCAUUUGUCUCUGGUGUGUGACUUCGGCUUUAAUGAGGAACCGGAUGAGCUUUUAUAACAGCUUGUCUGGGUGUUUUUAAUCACAAGUCUUAACCAGGGAGAUUUCAGGAAACAAAUAGGAUACAUAGUUGCCGGGGGGAAAGUGUCUAGUUUUUGUCAUUUCCCUUUUCACGUUUCCAGCAUGCCCUUAGGAAAGAAAGGCUCCCUUAACUCACACACCUUUUAAAACCUGCCGUGAAAAGGUGUUUGCACUCCAGUUGGGGCUUGUGUUGAUUCCUUUCCCUUCACAUUUUCAGUCAUUUAUGGGCAUUCAGUUAGAUUUAUUUUGAAGCUUUUUCCAGCUUGAGGCUGCUGUAAAAACUCAGGCUUACUGGAUGAAGUCCUCCGUAAUUAACAUUGAGUAUCUAGGGACAGUUUCUUUGGACAGCAUUUCAAGUUAUUUAUUUGUAGGUUUUUAAGUAUCAACAGGAUGUGCAUGGCAGUAUUUAUUUUUUUAUACCUUUAUGUAAAAUUAAGUAAAUUAUAGCAUUAUGAACAUUUUAGAAUCAUGCAAAAAACACAAGUUACAGAAAGUAACUUAUUUCAUCUAACAGCAUGUGCAUAAGGAAUUGCCCAGCCGGCAGGGGUGUUGUUACUGGAUGUAACGUCAGGUCUGUGAUACGUUCUUCAUGAAUAAUCCUUGCAGCGCCUUCGUGUUCCCCAUGAUUGUGUUUCUUGAAGGAUUCCAAUUAGUGUUCAAUUAAAUGAAUGUUUGCAUUAUUUAAUCUCUGGUUCGUAUUUGUACUUCUGUUACAUGAUUAGCACACACGUGAGGGCCACUGGGUGUCACCGUCACGGUAUUGGUGCCUGCUUUUUACAGUAGGUUAUUUAGGAGUUUUUAUGUGGCAGUGAAUGAGAAAGUCAGUGAGACUGUCUCCAAGAUGGGAAAUUUGCCAGAAACCUGUAAAUGGGCUGCCAUUGCAACUGCCCCGAACAACCAGGUGACUGGUUCUCAUCUGUCUACGGAGAUGAAAAGUUACAAAGAUUUCCUGGAUUUCUUUUAUGUAAAAGUGAGAGAGAUGCUAGUAAGCGGUGAAGGAAGCCUCCUGCAAAGAAAAUAAUCAAUAGUAAAUAAUUUAACAUGAAUUGUAAAUAUUUAAGAUUAAUAAAUGGUCUUUUAAAAAGCUA